CAAGCGGUCGACAAGGAACACAACACGUGCGUUUACGCCCCGGCGACAGCAGACUGCCCACUGUACUCUUCGCUAUCCUGCCACCAUGUAUUGGCUGCUGCUGACUUUUCUCGGAGCACUGGCUUCCGGAGAGAACGUGACAUCGACGAGUCCUCCGGUCUACAACGCAACGGCGAAAGUACCCCGUAAAGUUGUCACCAUCUUCGAGGCUCCUUCGAGCUCCUAUACCCCGACUGCGACUGCCCAUGCCAAUACCGCGACGGCAGCGUACCCAUCAAAAGUCAGCCAAUUCGUAAAGGUGACGAAGCCUCCAGUUAUGGCCACAACUGCGCCGCAUACCACCUCCCAGCAGACUCGAAAGGCGGCACUCCCGGGAACGUUCGUGAUGCCGUCAGUGAAUGGCCUCGUGGAAGGUGAAAUUCGCUCCUCAAUGGAAAGCGAAGCAACUACGUCCGAAGACAGCGCUGUUCCCACGCCUGCACUGGAGUACGAAGAUUCUGUCACGGAUGUCUCGUAUGAUUCACUGGCGUACAAAGACUCUUUCACCGAUGACGCGAAUGAAUCCAGCACUACAACACCCGCUCCGUCAACGGCAGACUCGCGCACGACUUCGACGACAGGCUUUCCCACGACUAUGACUUCAGCCGGAUCAACAUCCAUCACAGGGUCUCAGCAGGAGGAUGACAUCUCGUACCUUGCAAGCCUCUUCCCGGAUCUAGACCUCUUCGAAGACUCCACGUCUGGGGGCAGCUCAUCGACGGUCCCCUCGGUGUCGACGACGCAACCAACCGCGGACGCAUCGACAAUCCAAAAGCCGAGCGGCUACAACAUGAGCCGGGAACGUUACUGCAUCGCGGCCAGGUACUGCUAUCUGGAGCUGAACGAACGCUGCGUCAUGCGGCACAUGAAGAGCGUGUGCGGCUGCGGCCGAGCCUUCUACAGGAACCCGGAAACGCUUAUUUGCGAACGCAAGCUGCCGCUGCUCGUCUCCCUGGAACUUCCGGAACACUCGUACGUCCAGGAAGUGGCCGACAAGAAGACGCUCGAGUUCAAGGCUUACGAGUCGGCCGCCCAGCACUUGAUUUGGGGUCUGGUGAAAAGCUCCAAAAUCCUCUCCCGCACGGUCAUAGACAUCGAGGUCACGGGCUUCCGUCCUGGGCUCUUGGUUCGCAGUAGGCUCGUGGUGAUGUCGUCCUUGGUUCACAAACUCGCCAGCAAUGUCUCUGGAGCCGUACACGAGGAGAUCCAGAAGGCCAUCGCGGCGCACAACUCGACCGGACUCUUUCUGCGCACCGCAAACAUGAGGACUGUGGCCGCCGACGUAGCCGUUAACCCGUGCGAGGACCGUGAUUCGAACUACUGCAGCCCUUACGCCAUCUGCACGUACCGCAAGCAGGACUACGGCAUGAGCUGCCGUUGUCUCCCUGGCUACGAGGAUGUUUCUCCCGACACCGGGCAUCAUCCUGGAGAACUCUGCUUUUCCAUAUGCGAGCCUGGUCACUGCCAGAACAACGGAACGUGCAAGAGCCUCGGCUUUGGAAUCGAGUGCGAGUGUCGAGACUGGUACAUAGGAAAUCGAUGCCAAUUUCAAAUGAAGCGAAUAAUAGUGAUCAUGGUGGUGGUGGCAGCAGUUCUCCUCACGGCAGUCGGAGUCACAUUUCACAAGUACUGGAAGAAAGGGCGCCUCCAGAGCUGCAACAAUCAAGUGUGCCGCAUGUUAAUCAUGGAACCUGCCAAGAGGAGCUCGGCCAAGAGGCAUUUCGACACCAAGCUAGCUCGCAGCGCUCUGCAACCGCCCAGCGCCGGCAGUCACCGACGCUCUAAUGUUUGCGUCUCGCCCGGCAGCUCAAGCCUGCACUCUGCCUUCUCAAAGAGUCUCGAGGAUGGACUGUCGCAGGUGGCUGUGUCCGUCAUCUCCAAGUGAUGCGGGUCCUCUUCCAGGAAUGAACACGUGCAGGGACGCUUUUUUAGAAUCCUAACCAUUUCUCACACUUAUUUUAAAGCAACCGCCGCGGUUUUUAAGGCACUAAUUUAAUGAGACGUGCGUCGGCCUCUCCGACACCGU